CUCUGUCAAUUAUCACGUGGAAAGGUGUUUUUGUAAUAAGGCUUUCUGUAAUAAUACAUUUAGUGAGAGAAAUUUAUUUGCCCGUGUAAACAUGGCUCUGAAGAGAUUGAAAACCAAAAAGUCCAAACGACAAACUGGGCGUCUGAAACAUAAGAUUGAGAAAAAGGUUCGUGAGCACAAUCGGAAAGUACGUCGGGAAGCCAAGAAGAAUCCCAAGAAGGGAAGCAAGAAACAAAAACUUAUACAGAUACCAAAUAUUUGUCCAUUUAAAGAGGAAAUAUUAAAGGAAGUUGAAGAAGCCAAAAAAAGACAAGAAGAGGAACGAAAUCGCCGCCGUGAAGCGUACAAACGUGAACGAAACGAUAACAAAUUCAAAAGUCUUCAGAACUUGGUGGAAGAUGCAAAUGCUCGUGUUGAAUUGCAUGCAGCAACGCAUGGUGAAGAUAACGUUGUUGAGAAGACAUAUUGUUCUGCCAAUAGUAAGGAGCAGUCAUUGAAACAGUACUUUAAAGAAUUUAAAAAAGUGGUUCAGAAUGCUGAUGUUAUUUUGGAAGUGGUUGAUGCUCGUGAUCCCCUUGGAACUCGAUGUUUAGAGGUUGAACGAGCUGUACGAUCUGCACCAGGCAACAAGAGGCUGGUGUUAAUAUUAAACAAAGCCGAUUUAGUCCCACGUGAAAAUCUUAAUAGUUGGAUCCGGUAUUUCCGGCGUUUUGGUCCAGUAACUGCCUUUAAAGCGUCAACUCAAGAUCAAUCUUCAAAAUUAGGACGCCGAAAACUAAAUCAAACAAAUACCGAAAAGGCAAUGCAAGGUUCCGUAUGUGUAGGAGCCGAAUUGUUAAUGUCGAUGCUAGGUAACUAUUGUCGUAAUAAAGGAAUUAAGACGUCAAUUCGAGUUGGUGUUGUCGGCAUACCGAAUGUUGGAAAAAGUUCUAUAAUAAACUCUUUGACUCGGGGGAAAACUUGCUGCGUCGGCUGCACUCCAGGUGUUACAAAGGUAAUGCAGGAGGUGGAACUUGAUUCGAAGAUAAAACUAAUUGAUUGUCCAGGAAUUGUAUUUACAAACUCUGGAAAAGAUAAUACGGAGGCUGUUGUUCUAAAAAACGCCCAACGAGUAGGAGAUCUUAAGGAUCCUUUUACGGUUGCUGAAAGUGUACUUAAGCGAGCAAGUAAAGAUUAUUUCUGCAAGCUCUAUGACAUUACCGAAUAUGACAGUUUUGAAGAAUUUUUUGCGAAAAAAGCAGCUCGUAUGGGAAAGUUUUUGAAAAAAGGAGUGCCAAAUGUCGUUGCAGCAGCUCGCAGUGUGCUUAACGACUGGAAUAGUGGUAAAAUUAAAUAUUGUACACAACCGCCUGAAGCUGAGCAAGGUGAUGAGGUCCACGUUAGUGCCUCAAUAGUACAUUCUGAUGCUCGUGAAUUUGAUGUGAAUAACUUCCAUGCAAUGGAGACAGACAUUUUAAAUAGUUUUAAUGUCAAUAAUGAGGAAGUUAUGAGAAUUGAUUCAAGUGGACCUGUGGAGUUGCAAAUGCCGUUGGAUGAUGAUGAACUGAAGCAGUCUUUGAACGUCGUAAUUAAUGAAAGUGUAAUUACAAGCAAAAAACGUAAAAUGAAAGACUCUGAUGAUUCUAAAAAGGAUCUUGCAAUGAAUUUAGAAGGUAAUCAAACUCUGAAUAAAAACAUGAAAGAUGCAAUUAAAAAACGAAAGAAGCAGAAUACACGCAGCGAAAAGAAAAUUUCUCAAAUAACUGAUGUCCUUGAUGGGUUCAGCCUGGAAACAAAUACUGAUAAUAAAUAUGUCUUUAACGAAGACUAUGUAAUGGAAUAAAAGGAUGAAUAAUCAUAUGUAUAUAGUUCAAAUUAAGGAUUUUUAAAAUGCUUGUACGUUAGGACACAAGUUGUAUCGUAUUUGCAGAAGAGUUUAUUUUUGUCACCCCCGUGCAUUUUCGGAUAGCUUGGGAUUAAAAAAAAAAACAGACAUCCGCAUUGGUCUUUGGACUUAAAUCCCAAAAAUUGGCCAAAAAUUAUAUAAAACUUGGUUGAGUAAUACCUACAUCUUAAAAUGAUGGGUUGUCAAAGAAUAAUACUCUAAACAAUUGUAUGUAUAAUGAAAGCAGGAAUAUUUCUUUUGCAUAGAUUUUCGAUCUACGAGUGUCUGUUCUUGGUCCUUAAGAAGUCAAGGUAAAAUGAAAAAAAACUUUUUACAGAGAAAAUACAUAAAAAAUUAUGUAUCCGAAGAGGACGCCUAAGCGCCAAGUAAUGAAGCGGCGCGAUGGUAAGCUUGGCCAGUCACAAAAUUUUAGUUUCAAAUGUCAAAAGGUGUAGUCAAAAUUCUAUGGUCGUUCACAGCAAAGCACAUUCGUCAAAUUGCCAAUUAAUAAAUCGCCAAAGUAACGAACUAGCGGGAGUACCCCUAGUGAGUUCUAUAAGUUUUAUUUUGUUAAAUAAAAUAUUUUAUGUACUUUGAUUCAUGUACUUAUUUAUCGCUAACCCAUUAUUUUAAAAAGUAUUAGUCUAUAAAGCUAUAAAUUAUUUUUGGUAAAUUUUUGGACUUUAAUUUUAAACUGACUGGGUUUUCCCACUACAGAUAGUCAGUUUUGUGUACAUCUUACUCUGCAUCCCCUAGCUAUCAGAAAAUUCGCGUGUAGUGACAAAAAUUAACACUUCCAUUAUUUGUAUGUAUCAAAACAUAAAUAUAUAGAAACAAAUACUGAUUAUAAGAAUAAUACAAAUAUUACAUAUGUAGUAUGUACGUACAUGAGAAUAAUCAGUAAUCUAGUUUAAAGUAUUUUGUACAUACACACAUGCUUAUUUUUUAUGUAUUAAUACAUAUGACUUGAUACCAAGGCACAUUAAAUAGGUUGCAGGAGCAAUGUACAAUACAUUUUGCAAAUUGUGAUUUUUUUGUAUUUAUUUGGCCUGUAAAUUGUUAAAUUUUGUUAGGGUUACUCUGAUCUGUCAAUCCUUGUUUAUAGAUUUUGACAUUCUAGGGACCAAAAGCAAAAACAAAAUGCAUUGCUCUUCUUUUUGCUCUACUUCUGCUACCUGUUUAAUGUGUCCUGCUUGGUAUGCGCAUUUGAAAUAAAAACAUCCGUAAUAAUAUGCCACAGAAA